GCGGCGGCGCGGGGGAUGGGGAAGGAGCAGGAGCUGCUGGAGGCGGCCCGCACCGGGCACCUCCCGGCUGUGGAGAAGCUCCUGUCCGGGAAGCGGCUCUCCUCAGGCUUCGGGGGCGGCGGCGGCGGCGGCGGCUCGGGGGGCGGCGGCGGCAGCAGCUCGGGGGGCGGCGGCGGCGGCGGCGGCCUGGGAUCCUCCAGCCACCCUCUCUCCAGCCUGCUCAGCAUCUGGAGGGGGCCGAAUGUGAACUGCGUUGACAGCACUGGCUACACACCUCUGCACCACGCUGCUCUCAACGGCCAUAAGGAUGUGGUUGAGGUUCUCCUGAGGAACGACGCGCUGACCAACGUGGCGGACUCGAAAGGCUGCUACCCGCUGCACUUGGCCGCAUGGAAAGGGGACGCGCAGAUCGUGCGACUGCUCAUCCAUCAAGGGCCCUCACACACCCGCGUCAAUGAGCAGAACAAUGACAACGAGACGGCACUGCAUUGCGCAGCGCAGUACGGUCACACGGAGGUGGUGAAGGUCCUCUUGGAGGAGCUCACGGACCCCACCAUGCGCAACAACAAAUUCGAGACCCCCCUGGACCUGGCUGCGCUGUACGGGCGACUCGAGGUGGUGAAGAUGCUUCUCAACGCGCACCCCAACCUCCUGAGCUGCAACACUAAGAAGCACACCCCUCUGCACUUGGCAGCGAGGAACGGCCACAAAACUGUGGUCCAGGUCCUCCUGGACGCUGGCAUGGACAGCAACUACCAGACGGAGAAGGGCAGUGCUUUGCAUGAGGCUGCUUUGUUUGGCAAGACCGAUGUGGUGCAAAUCCUGCUGACUGCAGGAAUCGAUGUUAACAUAAAAGAUAAUCGCGGACUGACCGCCCUCGACACUGUCCGGGAACUGCCUUCUCAAAAGAGCCAGCAGAUUGCGGCCCUCAUUGAAGGUCACAUGACUGGGAAAAAAGGUGCAACAGAGCUAGAUAAGACCCCCACACCCCAGCCACCUCUCAGCUCUAAUGUGGACUCAAGCUCCCAGAAAUUGCAAGGUGACGUGGAGAAAGCAGUGACUGAGCUGAUCUUGGAUUUUGACACCAGCGCAGAAGAGGAGGGGCCCUACGAGGCGCUGUACAACGCCGUCUCCUGCCACUCCCUGGACAGCAUGGCCAGUGGGCGCUCGUCGGACCGCGACUCCACCCACAGGGAGUGCGAGGCCGCAGGAAUGAAAGCUGCCGGAGUGAGGCCUAGGGAACGUCCACCGCCUCCAGCAAAGCCCCCGCCUGACGAAGAGGACGAUGACCACGUGGAGAAGAAGUACUUUCCCCUGACAGCUUCUGAGAUCUUGGCCAUGAGACCCCGAAGUGCUGCGAGGGAUGAGGACGAGCAUCCAUAUGAGCUGUUGCUAACGGCAGAAACAAAGAAGUGGGCAUCCACCGAUGGAAAGCUAAAAGACCACAGGCGGAGCAGUAGCAGCCGGAGCCAGGACUCAGCAGAGGGGCUGGACGGGCAGGUCCCAGAGCAGUUCUCGGGCCUCCUCCACGGCUCCUCCCCGGUGUGUGAAGUGGGGCAGGACCCUUUCCAGCUGCUCCCGGCCACUGAGGACGCCGCCGCCGCGCCGGGCACCUGCCCCGACGCCAGCAUGCAGCUGGAGGGGACGGCGCCACCCGCCCCCGGAGCCUCGCCACCCUGCACGCUGGACCCGAGUUGGCGAGGGGGCUACCCCGCGGGCCUGCCCACCAGCAGCAGCCAAUCGCACCCCGAAACUUUGACUCAGAGCUCAUCUGCACACCCUGCCGGUGCCGAGGAAGACGGAGAGGAGCGGAGCGGGGCCAGGAGCCGGGCCCCUCCCACCGGCCGACCCAAAGCCGAACUCAAGCUCAGCCGCAGCCUGUCCAAGUCAGACUCAGAUCUCCUGACCUGCUCCCCCACGGAGGACGCCGCCAUGGGCAGCCGGAGUGAGUCCCUGUCCAACUGCAGCGUCGGGAAGAAGCGGCUGGAGAAGUCACCCUCCUUCGCCUCCGAGUGGGAUGAGAUCGAGAAAAUCAUGAGCUCCAUUGGAGAGGGGAUUGACUUUUCUCAGGAGCAGCAGAGGAUCUCAGGUUCGCGGUCGCUGGAGCAGAGCGUCGGGGAGUGGCUGGAGGCGGUGGGGCUGCAGCAGUAUGAGAGCAAGUUGCUGCUGAAUGGCUUUGACGAUGUCCGCUUCCUGGGCUCCAACGUGAUGGAGGAGCAGGACCUGCGGGACAUCGGCAUCAGCGACCCCCAGCACCGGCGGAAGCUGCUACAAGCAGCACGGGCCCUGCCCAAGGUGAAGGCUCUGGGCUACGACGGGAGCAGCCCCCCCUCGGUGCCCUCCUGGCUGGACUCCCUGGGGCUGCAGGACUACGUCCACUCCUUCCUGUCCAGCGGCUACAGCUCCAUCGACACUGUGAAGAACCUCUGGGAACUGGAGCUGGUCAACGUGCUGAAGGUUCACCUGCUCGGCCACCGCAAGCGCAUCAUCGCCUCCCUCGCAGAGAGACCCUACGAGGAGCCGCCCCAGAAGCCGCCACGGUUCUCCCAGCUACGGUGCCAAGACCUGAUCUCCCAGACGUCAUCACCCCUGAGCCAGAACGACUCGUGCACGGCGCGGUCCGCGGACCUGCUGCUGCCCCCGGGGGACACGGGCCGGAGGCGGCACGACAGUCUCCAUGACAGUCUCCACGGACCCACAGGGACCUCCCGCCUGGAGCGCCCCAGAGUGCAGGAGGAGCCCCGCGAGGCGAAGCUGACACUCCGGCCGCCCCGUCUGGCCGCUCCCUACGCGCCCGUGCAGAGCUGGCAGCACCAACCCGAGAAGCUCAUCUUUGAGUCCUGUGGCUACGAAGCCAACUACCUGGGCUCCAUGUUGAUCAAGGACCUGCGAGGAACGGAAUCCACGCAGGACGCCUGUGCCAAGAUGCGGAAAUCCACCGAGCACAUGAAGAAGACCCCUACCAUCGUCCUGUCCAUCACCUACAAAGGGGUCAAGUUCAUCGACGCCUCCAACAAGAACGUCAUUGCAGAGCACGAGAUCCGCAACAUCUCGUGUGCGGCCCAGGACCCCGAGGACCUGUGCACCUUCGCCUACAUCACCAAGGACCUGCAGACCAGCCACCACUAUUGCCACGUGUUCAGCACAGUGGACGUGAACCUGACCUACGAGAUCAUCCUGACGCUGGGGCAGGCGUUCGAGGUGGCCUAUCAACUGGCCCUGCAGGCCCAGAAGUCCAGGCCGCUGGGCGCCUCCGCGGCCGACACGAUCGAGACAAAAUCUUCUAAACCGGUGCCUAAGCCUCGGGUGGCCACGAGGAAGUCCGCGGUGCCGCCCCCUGACACUCGCUGUUGUUACUGUCACACGUGCACCACCCAUCGUCCUUCCUACCUACCGCUGCCGUCUGUUAGUCCUGGAGUCAAGCUGGAACCGCCCGAUGUGGACCAAGACGCCCAGUCCCAUGCCAGCGUCUCCUGGGUGGUGGAGCCCAAAGCCGACUCCGUGCGGAGCCUGAGCACCAAGUACGAGACCACUAUCUUCUAACCCGCGCCCCCGUCUGCUCGCCUCACUGUGCCUUCCGGUCUCUGCUCUCCUCAACUCUCCUGCCAGCUGCCGCCGCCUCGGCCCCACCCCUGGGACCCACCCUCACAGCUUGUACCUAACACCACCGGACACUGUGAAUCCCCCUUGGGUGAGGACAGCCUGGGGGGUGAGUUGCCUUGGAGGUGGGCACCCGCUGUGCCCAGGAAGCCUCAGCAGGAAGGCACUGUGAACCCGGGGGGGCGUCCUGCCAGCAGCCGGGCAGC